AUGUCGUUUUAUGCGAAUGUCGACUUUGGGCCUUUUUUUAUUGCUUAUUGUUUUUAUAUAACCGUUUUUGUGCUUGCCGAAUUUGCACGGAAACUUGUUGAUAGAUAUGUGCCACCAAAUAAGUUGACAUACACCUUUUGCAUUGAGGCCAUCGCUACAGCUCAAAUGUGUACAUGUGUAUACGAGAACGUAGGUUACUUCUUCGUUGUGACGACAUUACUACUCGCUGGUGGUGCUAUGAAUCGAGGCGCAUUCGUUUCACCUCUCAAACCCAUUGAGAUGUUUUAUUUCGGAUCAAUCGACAGUGAUCGCCUACUGAGCGUUCUUGCUGGUGAAUUUCUGGGUGGUUAUUCAGCUUAUCGUUUGGCACGUCAGCUUUGGUAUUGGUCGUUGAAUUUGGCCACUGAUCAUGCUUCAAGUUAUGCGACCACUCAUUGCAAGUUGAUGUAUAAGGUUCCAUUCUCGUAUGCGUUUACAUUCGAAAUAUUCGCCUGUUUCUUAAUUCGAACGAUCGUCACUCGGUUACCUAUCAAAACAACUCGUUAUGCAGUACCGCUCAUUCUUUCUGGAUUUCUUACAUUCGCACUGACAUUUAUCGGUGUACCCGGGCUGAAUCCAACAAUUGCAUCGUCUCGUCUACAAGGAUGUGAUGGUCUCGACACCAAAUGGUUCAUUUUAACCUACUGGAUAUGUCCCACUAUUGGUUGGAUGCUGUCAGCAAUUGUUGACAACCGUCUUAAAGCUGGUUCCAAAUUGACCGGAAAAGCAGCAUCCCAGAAAGCUGAAUGA